AUGUCCAGCACCGAGGUCGUUGUGACGGUUUGCGCUAGCCCUGAGGAUUGCGACGAAGUGGCGGCGCUAUGCGGCUCCAGCUUCCCGGAGGAGGUCUGGUCCCAGGGGCUGUCGGUGCAGGAGUGGUCGACCAUCGAGGCUGAGGACCUGCGCAACACGCCGUCGUGGUGGCGGCAGAUAGGCCUGGCACGCGAUGGCAUCGGUGGACGGCUGCUAGGAGUGGUGGUGCUCACUCUGGAGCAUGAGGCGGACGACAGCAUCAGCUGGAGCGAGUACUCCAGCCGCGUGGGCUGCCGCCCCACCAUCCUCUCCUGGUGCUACGACCAAGUCCUGGACGAGCCGCUGCUGGAGCACGAGUGCCUGAUCGACUUCAUCGCCGUCAGCCCCGAGGCGCGGGGCAGGGGCGUGGGCGCCAAGCUGAUGCAGUGGGCGGAGGGCACGGGCGCCGCCAUCCUAGCGGAGACGGAAACGGCGGCGGUUGCGGCGCAUGGCGUGGACAUGACGCUCUGGGUUGCCGCCGACAACAGCGUGGCGUGCCGCCUGUACCAGCGCGCCGGCUACGCCGUGGUGCGGCGCACCGACAGCGGCGCCUGCAACUGCAUGGCCAGCGCCGUGCUCAAGUGGUUCCUGGGGCACCCGGUGUGGAUCAAGAUGCGCAAGCGGCUGCCCGCGCCGCCGCACCUGGCGGCAGCCAAGCCCCAGCCGCAGACCAUCGCGUUGACGGCGGCAGCGGGCGCCACGCUGACGUGCGUGGCUGCCGAUGCCGAUGCCCCUUUUGUGGAGGUGCCUCUGGGGGCCUCGCUGGCCGCGGUGGAGCAGGCGCUGCUACAGGAGCUGCCCAGCCCGACAGGCAGCAGACGGAUACGAGGGCCCGCCGCGCCCGCCGCUGGUGCCCCCCCGCCGGCGGCAGGCGCGGCGGGGAUGCCGGCGCCGCGGCCCUCCAGCCUGGCACAGAAGCAGCUGGCGGCGGGGCAGCACCCUGCGACGCCCAAGAUUGCCGCGGUGGGCGGCGGGCUGCAGGCACUUGAGGGGCAGCGGCCAGGCGGCGACACGCACGGUCCCGCUGGCGGCCGCCACUCCCAGCCCAGCCAGGGCAAGGAGGGGCAGGUGGUGGAGCUGCAUGCCCUGGCAUCCAGCACCGCCGCCGAGAACGUCGUCGGCUGCCACGAGGGCGCAGCCGGCUGCUGCGAGGAUGCAGCCGGCGCGGCGGGUGAGAAGCUGGCGGCGCUCUACGCUGCCGCGGGGGCCGCCGCGGCGGCGGCCCAUCCCUGCUCCGCCUCUGCCGCCACCGCCUCCGUCGCGUCCAUCUCCGCCACCAGCGACGUCGGCGACAGCGAUGCAGGGGAGGGCGAGGCGGCGGCAGUGCAUGCCUCCACGUGCCGCGGUAGCGCCGCCGCCGCGGGCGCCGACGUGUUUGAGCUCGUUUCGCUGCAAUCCGAUGCCGCGGCCGCAGCUGCCGCGCCCGCCUGA